GCCACCUGUUAAAAUCUAAAAAUCUCUUUAAUUUUUAAUUUUCUUUUUCAGAUUAAUAAUAAAUAAACAAUAAAACAAUGUAAAAUCGAUUAAUCUUUCAUUAUAUUUCCAAAUUUAUAUAGUUUUAGGAGAGUAGUUUAGAAACAUGAGUGGGGACCAGACACACCUGAUGGCGAGACAACAGUCUACGCUUACACAACAAUGGUUAGACACUUUAAAUACACUUCAAAACAAUCAACUGAGUCAAACCCAAAGGUCUUCAGUUCCUAAUGUAUAUGCUGCUCAACAAACCUUGAUUAACCGACAGAAGUAUUUAUUAAGGGAUUCAUCAUUUCAUUCUGACGAUAGUCACUGUAGUAGCGUUGAAUCUGUUCUGGAAUUGAGAAAACCUGAUCCAGAAGAGGUGCUGUUAGGUUUAGGUUUUGGACCAAGAGGAAAUUCAGGUGUAAUUAACAAAAUUCCAAGUAGAUUUCUACAACCUUCGAAGCUCAUUCCACAAAUCGACAUCAACAAAUUUAUGGAACAGUAUGGAGCAAACCUGCCUGAAUCUGUUCCGCCCUCGCCUGCUAAAAAAAGACCCAAGUCAUGUUAAAUCUUAAACUUUAUACGUAUCAAGGAGACCACAUGUUGCUCAAUGUCCUGUACAGUAUUUACUUUCCAUGUUCCUGGUAUUUGUCAUAUUACUCCUCUCUUGCCAGGGUAUAGUUACUUUUGUAAACUUUAUCUAGUUGAAGAUCCUAAAGACUAUUUAAUAUAUUAAUAUAGUUACUUAUACCUAUAGUCCGUCCUCCAAGAGAAUACCUAUAUUCAUUUGCAGGACAGACUUUGUCUAUACCAG